GUACAUUCAUCAUUAGCCUUUUUAAAAGAAAUGUUUCACAUGUUUGUUCUGUUCUGUUUGUGUUGGUGGCGUCUCAUUGGUGUGUUUGGUGAGUCAGUGUCAGUGAUGGAGGGAGAUUCUGUCACUCUACACACUAAUGUUACUGAAAUACAGGAAGACUAUGACAUACUGUGGAAAUUUGGAGCCACAAAGUCUCUCUUAGCUAAAAUAAAAAACAAGAAGCAUAUCUUUACAUUUAAUGGUUCUGAUGGGAGAUUCAGAGACAGACUGAAGCUGGACAAUCAAUCUGGAUCUCUGACCAUCACAAACAUCACAACUGAACACGCUGGACUCUAUGAAGUAAAGAUAAGUGCAGCGAAAAUGUCUUCAAAAACAUUCAGUGUUUCUGUUUAUGCUCGUCUGUCUGUUCCUGUCAUCAGCAGUAACUCUUCACAAUGUUCUUCUUCAUCAUCUUCAUCACAGCAGAAUUGUUCAUUGUUGUGUUCCGUGGUGAAUGUGGGCCAUGUGACUCUCUCCUGGUACAAAGGAAACAGUUUAUUGUCCAGCAUCAGUGUGUCUGAUCUCAGCAUCAGUCUCUCUCUACCUCUGGAGGUGGAAUAUCAGGAUAACAACACCUACAGCUGUGUGCUCAACAAUCCCAUCAGCAACCAGACCACACAUCUGGACAUCAGUCAGCUCUGUCACACAUGUUCAGAAUUGUCCAUUACAGAUCAGGGCCUAUCUUCAUUGUACAUAGUGUUGAUUUCUGCUGCUGCUGGAUCUCUGUUGAUUGUAGCUGCAGUCUGCAUCUGCAAAAAAUGUAGAAAACAGGUCAGUACAGAAAGCAAUAAUAGCCUAUGUUGAAAUAUUUAGCUUUUUAAGGCACAAAUUUUGGUAUAAUAUUGAAAGCUUUGUUGUUUUAACACAUCUGUGACUAUUGUUAAUGCAGUUGAGACAAGAACUGAUUCAUCAUUGUGUAAACCAACAGCACAAAAAAUGGUAAGAUCAUUCAUGACUGUGUUGCAAGAUGUGUUGCAGUCAGUCAGGCUGAAGCUGGUUCAUUAUUUUUAUUUA